UCGCCCGCCCGCGGGGCUGCGAGCAAUGUGCGCAAAGUGCCUUUGCUUCAGCCGGCGAGUGCCGUAGCUCUGGGCAGAGUGGGCUCGCUCGCAGAGGUGCUGGGACAACCGAGGUGGCCCUGUCCUGCGCCUGGUGGCCCCCGCCGGACCAUGGCAUGGGCACCGGGGGAUCUGACAUCCUCGCUCUCCAUCGUCAUAGCCUUGGCUGCUUGCCUCUCGGCCACCACCAGCGAAGUGAACUUGCUAGACACGUCAACAAUCCUGGGAGACUGGGGCUGGAUGACUUAUCCCUCACAUGGGUGGGAUUCGAUCAAUGAAAUGGAUGAGUUUUUCAGCCCCAUCCACACCUACCAGGUCUGUAACGUCAUGACCCCCAAUCAGAACAACUGGCUCCGGACCAACUGGGUGCAGCGGGACGGAGCGCGGCGGGUGUAUGCAGAGAUCAAAUUCACGCUGAGGGACUGUAACAGCAUGCCAGGUGUGCUGGGCACCUGCAAGGAGACCUUCAACCUCUACUACAUGGAGUCUGACCGGGACCUGGGCAGCAGCACCCGGGAGAGCCAGUUCCUGAAGAUCGACACCAUCGCAGCAGAUGAGAGCUUCACCAAUGUGGACCUGGGCGUGCGGCGCCUGAAGCUGAACACAGAGGUGCGGGGCGUGGGGCCGCUGAGCAAGAGGGGCUUCUACCUGGCCUUCCAGGACAUAGGUGCCUGCAUUGCCAUCGUCUCGGUGCGGGUGUACUACAAGAAGUGCCCGGCCACAGUGAGGAACUUGGCAUCCUUUUCCGAGGCUGUGACUGGGGCAGACUCAUCCUCCUUGGUGGAAGUGCGAGGAGAGUGCGUGGGCCACUCGGAGGAGAGAGACACCCCCAAAAUGUACUGCAGUGCCGAGGGAGAGUGGUUGGUGCCCAUCGGGAAGUGUGUGUGCAGUGCUGGCUACGAAGAGCAGCGGGAUUCCUGCACGGCCUGCCAGCUGGGAUUUUACAAAUCAGCCCCUGGGGACCAGCUGUGUGCCAAAUGUCCCCUGCACAGCCACUCGGAGAGCAGGGCAGCUCGUGUGUGCCACUGUGACAGCAGCUUCUACCGCGCCGUGCAGGACCCCCCCUCGGCUGCCUGCACACGGCCCCCUUCUGCUCCCGUGAACCUGAUCUCCAGUGUGAACGGCACCUCUGUGACCCUGGAGUGGGGCCCGCCCCUGGACAAGGGCGGCCGUGCGGACAUCGUGUACAACGUGCUGUGCCGGCGCUGCGCGGGGGACGCGGGGCCGUGCGAGGCCUGCGGCAGCGGCAUCCGCUUCGUGCCCCAGCAGAUGAGCCUGGUGCAGGGAGCGCUGACUGUCACCAACCUCCUGGCACACACCAACUACUCCUUCUGGGUGGAGGCCGUCAACGGUGUCUCCGACCUCAGCCUGGAGUCCAGGAGAGCCGCGGUUGCCAACAUCACGACAAACCAGGCAGCCCCGUCACAGGUGGUGGUGGUGCAUCAGGAGAGCACAGGCCAGAACAGUGUCACCCUGCUGUGGCAAGAGCCGGACCAGCCCAACGGCAUCAUCCUGGAGUACGAGAUCAAGUACUAUGAGAAGGACAAGGAAAUGCAGAGCUACUCAACUCUGAAAUCCAAGAGCACCACUGCCACCAUCUCUGGGCUCAAGCCUGCAACCCGCUACAUCUUCCAGGUGCGCGCUCGCACCUCUGCUGGCUGCGGGAGGUUCAGUCAGACUGUGGAGGUGGAAACGGGGAAGCCGGUGUCUCUCCGGUACGACACGAUGACAAUUGUCUGGAUCUGCCUGACACUCAUCACUGGCCUUGUCACCUUGCUGGUGGUUCUGAUCUGCAAGAAGAGGCACUGUGGGUACAGCAAGGCUUUCCAGGACUCUGAUGAGGAGAAGAUGCAUUAUCAGAAUGGGCAAGUGAAGUUCCCUGAGUCCAAGUUCUAUGUGGAUCCCCACACAUACGAGGACCCCUGCCAAGCUGUGCAUGAGCUCACCCGUGAAAUAGAGGCCUCCCGGAUCAAGAUUGAGAAGGUCAUCGGGUCUGGGGAGUCUGGAGAGGUGUGCUACGGCCGCCUGAAGCUGCCAGGGAAGAGGGAGAUUCCCGUGGCCAUCAAAGCACUGAAGGCAGGCUACACAGAGAAGCAGAGGCGAGACUUCCUGAGUGAGGCCAGCAUCAUGGCACAGUUCGACCACCCAAACGUCAUCCACCUGGAGGGGGUGGUCACCAGGAGCAAAUUGGUAAUGAUUGUUACUGAAUACAUGGAGAACGGCUCGCUAGACACCUUCCUCAGGAAACACGAUGGACAAUUCACCAUCAUCCAGCUGGUGGGGAUGCUGCGGGGCAUUGGGGCAGGCAUGAGGUACCUGUCUGACCUGGGCUACGUGCACCGGGACCUGGCUGCCCGCAACAUCCUGGUCAACAGCAACCUGGUGUGCAAGGUGUCCGACUUCGGCCUCUCCCGCAUCCUGGAGGACGACCCCGAUGCUGCGUACACCACCACGGGCGGGAAGAUCCCGAUCCGAUGGACAGCUCCUGAGGCCAUUGCAUACCGCAAGUUCUCCUCGGCCAGCGACGUGUGGAGCUAUGGAAUAGUCAUGUGGGAGGUGCUGGCCUACGGAGAGCGGCCCUACUGGAACAUGACCAACCGGGACGUGAUUAACUCUGUGGAGGAAGGCUACCGCCUGCCUGCCCCCAUGGGCUGCCCCACCACCCUGCACCAGCUGAUGCUGGACUGCUGGCAGAAGGAGCGCAGCGAGAGGCCUCGCUUCGCCCACAUUGUCGGCGUCCUGGACAAGCUGAUCCGCAACCCGGACAAUCUCAAGUGCACAGGCACCUUGAACAGGUUCACCCAGACACGCUUGGACAGGGGUCUCCUCGACCUGACCAGCUGCUUGACUGUGGAGGACUGGCUGGACUCCAUCCGACUGGGGCACUACCGGGACAACUUUGCCAUGGCCGGGUACUCCUCCCUGGGCAUGGUGAUGCGCAUGAACAUCGAGGAUGUUCGGAGUCUGGGCAUCACCAUGAUGGGCCACCAGAAGAAGAUCUUGAGCAGUAUCCAGGCCAUGAGAUCCCAGCUGCUGAAUACAAAUGGCCCCAGGAGGCAUCUCUGACCAAAAGCUGUGCAGAGCUGCAUCAGGCCUUCCUUAACACUUACCCUGGCAAAGGGGCUGCAGGGUGGUGAGCAGGAACAGGGGCACCAGGAGCUGGAGCCCUGCCAGCAGCUCUGUGAUUUCAGCAUUGGUGGAAACAUGGUGUUCCAGAUACCUUGGUGGUCCUGUUGCGUCCUUCCCCCAGGUGAAGGGGGGAGCAGCCUUCCAAGCAGACACACUCUGCUAUUUCCCUGUGGUACUGGGGGUCUCCCCACAACUAUGCAGGACAGUAGACAACCCCUUCACCCAAUGGGAUGGUCCAGCUGCUCCUGCAGGUGGAGGGGUAUCAGACACAUCAGCAAUAACCAGGAGCAGUGGGCUGGGCUUGCCAUGGCACACAGCUCCUUUGGAUCAGGCAGCUGGGGAGUUCCUUGGAUCUCUGAACUGAGCAGGGCUCCACAUACUGCACACAGCAGAGACAGCCUUGCUUCCUGUACCACCCAGCGUACUCCAGCCUGGACCUCCUGAACUGCACCAGCCUGAAGGUGACUUCGUGCUCCACCUCUACCAAGAGCAGGAGGGCAGGAGAUAGAAUCCACCAUGGCAGUGCUAGGAACAGCUGGCUCUGCCUUCAGACCAUACUUCCCAGCUGGGAGGAGAGUUGUCCAGGGCCUUCAGCCUGGAGACCCAAGAAGCCCUGGAGUGCUGCAGGACACUCUCCACUUCUUUAACCCACCAGCACUACUCCUCCACAGAUCCAGCACAGCCCUCCAGGCAGCCCAGACAUAUUUUCUAGGGCCACAAGCUCAGGUUUCUCUGCCAGCAGAAUCAUCCUAGCCUCCCCCAGAACAGAGAGGAAUGGGAGUGUGCUCCCAUGUCACAUGAAGGAGGGACAGAGAAACAACUCUUCUUUGUUCCUGCAUUGUCCUAGAGAAACCCAAGAGCUGUGCCAUCACCUGGCUGCCAGUGCCCAGGGCUGCUGGAUCACCUGCAGAGGAGGGGUCCUGACAGUAUUUCCAGAUGCAAUCACGGCAUCCUGUGGCUGGGACGGAGGCUCUGGUGACCUCAGUGUCUAGCAGAGUGGUCUGUCCUCCACAGGAGCAUCUCUCUGGGUGGGCUUGCCUGGUGCUGAGCAGUGGACUCCAAAGAUGUGUGGAGCUGGCCCAAGAGGUUGAGCUGGGUGCAGAGGGGCAGAUGAACUGGAGAGUGGGGCAGGCUGUGGGCUCUGGGUUUCCUUUUGGUGUAAAUAAAAUUUUCUAUGGGUUUGGGAACUGUUUUACUGAAAUAGGAUGUUAAGUACACAAAAUGGUCUCAAAGCACAGAAGCCUCAGUUGUGGGGCUGAACUCACUGCAAAAAAAACACUUGCUGGGAGCAUGGCUGGGGUGGGGGGGUGACAGGAGGGGACACAGACUGGAGAGGAGCCACACUCCCUGCAGGGCCCAGCCUGACCCACAGCACCCUGUCCUUCCCAGGGGCACAGCAAACCCAGCAUCACUCAAUGCAGGUGCUGGUGGGAUGUGGCCGGAGGGCUGUUCCUGCCAGGCCUGUUUGGGCACAAGGGGGGUGGGGGGUGGGUUAAAGCCAUUUCUCAGCUGCAAUAAUCCUGGCUAAACCAGUCUGUCCAGGGCUGGCUUGGCUUUCCAUGCAGAGCACUUGUGUGCUGAUGGAUUCUCUGACUAUGGCGGGUACUUUACUUCUUCCUAUGGAAGCUUUUUGUAAGGGGGACAGAUGCAAUGUAUUGUUUCAUUUGUAUUGCACCCUGCAUCCUGCACUCAGCCCUGGCACACUCCCUCCCCACAGCCAGGAUGUGAUGAAGCUCAUCCAAGCUCUGCAGCACAGGGGGCUGGUCCUGGCCCUGUCCUCUCUUCCCAACAUUUGGGACUCCAUCAAGGAUGCACUGGUGAGAGCAGAGGUCAGACCCGUGCCACACCUGUGUCCUUAAGGUUUGCUGGGCAACCCCAGUCAGAUGGGCUGCAGGAUCUGAGGCUGGGAGCUGCCAGAUGGCCCCUUUCCAGGUGGUUCAUGAGUCAGAUCCUGCAGUGUGGGGUCACUGGGCUGCUCCUGGCUAUGGGGAUGGUGGGGCAGGGUUUCCCUUUUAUGUUCAGAGUGUGCACUUCCCCUGGACAAUAAAAAUCCCUCUUUCCGUGA